AUGAUAGCCAAAAAGCAAAAAUUAUCGAGUGGACUUACCGUUACCUCCAAAGUAUUUGUGAGGUCUCGUAACGGUGGAGCUACCAAGAUUGUUCGUGAACAUUAUCUUCGUAACGAUAUUCCAUGUUACUCGAAGCUUUGUCAUAAAUGCCACACUAUAUUAAAACCGGACUCAAAAGGAGAAUUGCCUCGCUUUAUAUUAUCUGAGUCUCCAACUAGAUUAGAAAAGGAAGGUUCGAUACACUACGUCGUAGUUGAUACUAACAUUAUUUUGCACUGUAUUGAUCUUUUGGAGAAUGUAGACUGUUUCUAUGAUGUGAUCAUACCACAAACAGUUUUGGAAGAGGUCAAAAACAGAUCUUUCCCAAUAUACCAAAGAAUCAGGUCUUUGGUCAAGUCAGACGAGAAGAGGUUCGUGGUGUUCCAUAAUGAAUUCAGCGAAUCAACAUUCAUCGCUAGAGCUAAGAAUGAAUCAUCGAAUGACUACAACGAUAGAUCCAUUAGACAAGUGGCCAAGUGGUAUGCAGAACAUUUACAAGAAAGCAAUGAAGAUAUUAAAGUUUUAUUUAUAACAAACGAUAAAGACAAUUUGCAAAAGGCAAAAACGGAAGGUAUUGUGGACGCAUACAAUUUAACCGACUACAUUGAAGAGUUGCCCAAUGCUGAUGUUUUAAGGGAUUUGAUCCCACAAACAAGCAACAAUGAGAGUUUCAGCAGCUCAGAUGCUAACGAAACCUCAUACCCUGAAUACUACUCCAAUUCAAGAGUAUUGGGAGGUUUGAAAAAUGGUACUUUAUACCAGGGUAUUUUGAACAUUUCAUCAUACAACUUUUUGGAAGGUACUGUGCAGGUUGGCGCUUUUAAAAAGCCUUUGUUAAUAUUGGGUACCAAAAAUUUGAACAGAGGUUUCAAUGGGGAUGCUGUGAUUGUAGAAUUGCUACCAAAAGACAAAUGGAGAGAACCUAGUACUACCAUUAUCGAGGAAGAGGUAAUUGGUGCAGAUGACAAUGCUGACGAUGAUGGUGACGAAGAAAUUGAAUUCAUCAAUGAUAAAGAAAGGAGAUUACUUGCACAGGAGGCUAUAAAAGAAACAACUGCUGCAACAUCGAGUACAGAUGGAGCACACAGUCGUCUUCAACCCACAGCAAAAGUUGUUGGAGUAUCUAGAAGAUCUUGGAGAUACUAUGUUGGUCAAAUUGCUCCUACGUCCGUAUCCAAGGACCAUGACACUGGAAAUUCUGCCAAAUCUUGUUUUGUUAUCCUCAUGGACAAGGUAUUACCAAAGAUCAGAAUACGGACACGGAAGGCUAAGGAAUUGCUUGGGCAAAGGAUAGUCGUUGCAGUAGAUUCUUGGCCAUCAACUUCGAAGUACCCACAAGGCCACUUUGUUAGAUGUUUAGGAGAAAUUGAAAGCGCCGAGGCAGAAACCGAAGCUUUGUUAUUGGAACAUGAUGUUGAGUAUAGACCAUUCCUGAAGAAUGUCUUGGAUUGCUUACCUAAGGAAGGUGAUUCCUGGGUUGUUCCACAAGAUUUUGAGACAACCACUAAAAGGAAAGAUCUUAGAGAUAAAUUAGUAUGCUCUAUUGAUCCUCCUGGAUGUGUGGAUAUUGAUGAUGCAUUGCAUGCUGGUAUUUUACCUAAUGGAAAUUACGAAGUUGGUGUUCACAUCGCUGAUGUUACCCAUUUCGUGAAACCAAAUACUGCCUUGGAUAGUGAAGGUGCCUCUAGAGGUACAUCUGUGUAUCUUGUUGAUAAGAGAAUCGAUAUGUUGCCGAUGUUAUUAGGUACAAAUUUAUGUUCAUUGAAGCCAUAUGUGGAGAGAUUUGCAUUCUCAGUCAUAUGGGAAUUAGAUGAAGACGCUAAUAUUGUAAAUGUUCAGUACAUGAAGUCUGUUAUCAAAUCUAGAGAAGCAUUUUCUUAUGAAAAAGCCCAAAACAGAAUAGAUGACCCAAAGCAACAAGACGAAUUGACCCAAUCUAUGAGAGUAUUAUUGAAGCUUUCUAAAAAAUUAAAACAAAAGAGAUUAGACGCUGGUGCUUUGAAUUUGGCCUCCCCAGAAGUUAAAGUGCAUAUGGAUAGCGAAACUUCUGAUCCAGGUGAAGUUGAGAUUAAAAAGUUAUUGGAGACAAAUUCUUUAGUUGAGGAAUUCAUGUUGUUUGCCAACAUUUCAGUGGCUCGUAAAAUUUAUGAUUCAUACCCCCAAACUGCAAUGCUUAGAAGACAUGCCCCACCUCCUGCAACCAAUUUCGAAGUUCUCAACAAUAUGCUUGCAGUUAGAAAGCCUUCCAUGCCUACUAUAUCGUUGGAAUCUUCAAAGUCGCUAGCUGAUUCUUUGGACCGCUGUAACGACCCUAAGGAUCCAUAUUUCAACACAUUGUUAAGAAUCAUGUCAACUCGUUGUAUGAUGGCCGCAGAAUACUUUCCAUCAGGAUCGUAUGGUUAUCCUGAGUUCAGACAUUACGGUUUAGCAGUUGAUAUAUAUACCCAUUUCACCUCUCCAAUUAGAAGAUACUGUGAUGUUGUUGCGCACCGUCAACUAGCUGGUGCUAUUGGAUAUGAAAUGCUUGACUUGAGUCACAGAGACAAGUCCAAAAUGGAACUCAUUGUCAAAAAUAUCAACAAGAGACAUAGAAAUGCUCAAUUUGCUGGAAGAGCCAGUAUUGAAUACUAUGUCGGUCAAGUGAUGAGAAACAACGAAAGUGAACAAGAGGGGUAUGUAAUCAAAUGUUUCAACAACGGAAUAGUUGUCUUGGUACCGAAAUUUGGUGUGGAAGGAUUAAUUAAGUUGGAAUUACUAGGAGAUGUCAACAGCGCCGAGUAUGAUGAAGAUAAGUUCGAGUUAAAAUUCAAAGAUUUCAACAACAAAGAGAGAGUCAUUGGAGUUUUUGACAAGGUCAAAGUUGACGUCAAGUCUAUAAAGGAUGAAGUCACUGGAAAGAGAAAGGCACAACUUAUUUUAAAAUAG